CGCCGGCGCGCGGGCGGUCGGGUGGGCGAGCGGCGGGGGCGUCAUGGCGGACCAGCUCUACCUCGACAACAUCGACGAGUUCGUCGUGGACCAGAACAAGAUCGUGACGUACAAGUGGCUGAGCUAUACCUUAGGGGUGCACGUCAACCAGGCCAAGCAGAUGCUGUACGAUUACGUCGAAAGGAGGCGGAAGGAGAAUUCCGGAGCCCGGCUGCACGUCACGUAUUUGGUGUCCGGCAAUCUCGUUGAGAACGGAAGCGCCUGCCACAAGGUCGCGGUAGUUAGAGAAGAGAAACUGGAGGCGAUGAAGUCCAAGCUAGCCGUGACUGCCAGCAUCCAUGUCUACAGCAUCCAGAGAGCAGCGCUCAAGGACAGUGGGCCUCUGUUCAACACCGACUACGACGUCCUUAAAAGCAAUCUGCACGACUGCAGCAAGUUUAGCGCCAUUCGGUGCGCGGCUGCCGUCCCCCGGGUCCGGGCGGAGGAUUCCCCCGAGAAGCCGGAACGGGCCCCCCCGCGCACGUCGAGCGAAGCGCCUCCUGUCAACGGGCUCCCCUCAAACGGCCACGGCCCGGCUACCGCCAAGCCGGCCUCCCACCCGCCUAAAGGGAUCAUGGGGAUGUUUGCCACCAAAGCGGUUUCCAAACCCCAGGACGCCACUAAGGAGACCAAAACGGAAGCGAAGGAAGCGGCAAAUACGUCGUCGACAACCGGCAAGCCGCCGGGGAAAGGGAACGUGAUGAGCAACUUCUUUGGGAAAGCUGCAAAUGGGUAACUGAGGGUCGACGCCGACUUAAACCAGAAGGGCAAGGAGGAGAAGACGACAGCCCAGCCCCCGGUCGUCGAAACCGAAGCCAGACGUCCUCCCGCUACCGGCCCGGAGAAACCCCGCUUGAAAACGGAACCCGUUAAAACGCAGCAGAAGGAGAAGAGGAGCACUCGAGAGAAACGGCCCCAGAUUUCAGAUGGGGAGGCUAAGGAAGAUGAAAACAAGAAGAAGAAGAGACGGAGGAUUAAACUUCCCGAGUCUGACAGCAGCGAAGAUGAGGCUGUGCCAGACUCUCCCGGGGCUCAUGAAGCCGAGUUACCACCUUCACCCCCUCCUCCUCUGCCUCUGAAGAGCGAACCGGAACCUCUUUGCAUCAAGAUCUCGAGUGGGGAGAAGAAAAGAAAACGGAAGCGGGUGCUGAAAUCGAGAAUGUUUACGGAUGAGGAAGGCUGCAUGGUGACGGAAAAGGUUUACGAGAGCGAAUCCUGCACGGAUAGCGAAGGAGAAGCGUGUAAGCCCAAAGCAGCCGUUACGCCCAGACCCCCCGCAGCGGCCGUGAAGGAGGAGCCCAAGGAAGAACGGAAGAACGUCAAGAAAGGGCCGACCGCCCCGGGGAAGGCCAACAGACAGGCGUCCAUCAUGGGCUUCUUCCAGAAGAAAUGAGGGGGCCGGUCUCGCUGGGCCGGUGGCUUGGAGCUCUUCCCCACCGACAGGAGCUCUGAAAUCCAUCUGCAUCCGAGGGGGCGGCAGAAGGAGUCCGCUGGGAAUUCUUACUUACUGUGUAAGUAAGUUCCCAGCCUCCUCGACCUUUCUUUCCCUUCAGAGACCGUUCUUUCAGCGUGGGGAGGUUUAUGCCGUUCUGUGGAAGCUGGAAGCGAAGACAACUGGACACCAAACAAUUCUGUUAUCUUCUGAGCACACCUUUUUUUAUUUGAUUUUGUUUUUUAAACUUUCCCACUGUCCUGAGAGUAGAGCCUGUUUCAACAGCAGCCAGGAAUUCUAGAAUUAAAGAGCUAUUUAGUGGUACGUGCGGGCCCCCUCCUGAUCUCUCCACCCUCUGACAGCCCCCCAUUCCACGUUGAGGUGCGAGGUCACAUCGGCUGAGCACUGUCCUCUCGCGCGGCCUUGGCAAGCCUUCCACACCCACCUCUUCUUCAUCGCCGCCUCGGAAAGGACACGUCGGGUUUUGCGCUCCGCGUCCCGAUCCCCUUUGCUCGACCACGCGCGGCGACUCCUGUCAGAACAGAAGAACGCUCCUGUCCUCGGUCCCGUUCAGAAGGGAGGUUUUCCAGAUCUUCCCUCGUAAUCUGUGACGAGGCAGUUGAAGCACAGAUGGGGGAAGGUAAAUGUCGACCCUCAGGGCGGAUGGGUUGGCGUGAGGCAGAUUUCUGAAGGCGAUUAUUAGCCGGAACCGGGAAGACCGGGAAAGGAACGCUUUCUUGUGUCGAAGGCGGAAAAGCCGUCGGUUCGGAAGCGCAGCUUCCCAGGGCGGGGGGCGGAGGCCUGUACUCCGGGGGGCAAGGUUACGCGGCUGUGGCGCUCCACGGCCCUCAUUGCUAACCCUUUGGUAGCCCCCCCGGGAACGCAGAGGGCACUCAAAGUCAAGUGAAAGGUGAGAGGUGAAGGUCAGCCCUUUGAACUCACUUUAUUUGUAUUGUCGAAGACACCCCGCUCCACGGGGUAAAUUGAGGACACCGAUUCCGCCGGGCCUGUCGGUAGCCGCGGUCUUCGCGCCUCACCCCCGGAAGGAAGCCGGGCCGCGGGCUGAGCAACCCGUCCCGUCCACGGCGGCCGUCUCGCACGUCUCCAGAAGCAGACGUCGUCCGAGGCGGUCCGAUUUGCUGCUCUGGCUUCCUAGGAGGAUCGAUGGUUAAAUCAGCUGCCUACUAGUGAAAGUUAGGCUCGUACCUCACCCUCGGUUCAGAGAUGAGCUUCGGUUUUUGCCCUCCCCCAAGAUUCCCAGUCAGAUUGGGUCCGGCCCGGGGGCUGGUGGUGUUCCCGCCUGAUCAGCCGUGAGGAGGUAAGAUGGAGCUCGAGAACGGAAGUCAGCAGAGGCGAUUGAGGAAGGGUGAGGCGCGAACGUUCGUGAGUCUGAUUUGGCGGAAACUGGCAUCCAUUGGAAAAUGUUUCAAAAAAAGGCGAGCGACGUGAUCUCUGUCUCAUAAAAGAAAAAGAACCCCG